AUGACUGCGAGCACUCCGUCCAAGCCAUUCCGCUUCGGUGAUCUGCCGGCCGAAAUACGACUCCGCGUGUACCGUAUCCUCCUAUGCAGUUUUGCCCCGCCACCGACCGAGAUCUCUUUCACAGGAGAUCUGCUUGUCCCGGUCCGCGCCGAACAUGCCAUCGAGACGUCCAUUCUGCGUACAUCCAAGGGAAUAUAUCACGAGGCCUACGAUGUCAUGGUGAAGACCAAUCGCUUUGUCAAAAUCACGUCCGAAAAAGGCCUUCCGGUGAAACCGGCUCUUUGCGGACAAAUGCUCCCAAUGGUCACUGAUAAGAAAGAUGUGGUCGAGCGCUUCAAAGGCUAUGCGCUACAUGUGCAUCUUGGCUUCAAAAAUCCUAGUAGGGCAAAGUCGAGGAACGAAAGCUGGUAUAACCCCGUAUCGGCCAUGAUUCUGCAUCGCGAACUAGGCAAGUUUUGUCUAGGUGUAAACGAUGGAGAUGCACAUAGCCCAGGCUUCAGCGAGUCUCUCAAGAUCUCCAUUACGAUGGCGCCUGUUGUAGAUGCUGCGCGAGGCAACAAGCUGAUGCCUUCUUUUGACGAUUUCUUCUCGCAGAAGAUGCAGGAAACACUAUUCGCACCCCUCAAGACUCAUCUCUACGGACGCAGGGCGGUUGAGGUCAAGGGCCACGUCGAUAGCUCCACUGCGACUGCUCUUCAUCAGCAAAUUGCAAAAGAGAAAUACUCUGAUCCCUCAGCAGUGCUGGCAGAGUUUACGGCUGCAAAAGAAGAAGGAUCUCGUCUUUACCGCGAGCGCAAGGCCGAUGACGCAUGUUUGAAAUGGGCUGAUACCGCUGUGGAAAUUGACGAGCUGCUUGAAACGAACUCCUGGCUCAAGCUGGUUAGCCAAGGGAAAGAAGAUUUCGUUUCACAGCUCGCACCAGUAUACUUCCUCAUGCGGCUCAACAUUGCCCAUGUGCACAUUACCAAAUGGGCGGAAAACACCUUCGUGGCCGAGUCCUUGGCGGAAGAUUCUCUCAUGUGUGCCAUCAAAUCGCUCAAGAAAGACUACUGGAUGAAAGGAUAUAAAUAUACGCCUUCUCGGCAGCAUAUGGCGAAACUGAGGUUCCGCUACGCGACGUUUUUGAGGCUGCAAAGGGAACCGGGGUCGCAAGAUCGCGCACUGAUGUUCAUCAAUGGGGCAUUGGAUAUGCAGCCUGGAGAUGCGGCGAUUCUGGGGGAGAAGGAGAAUAUCCUUGAGUGGAUGAGGCAGUCUUGA